AUAUAGGGUUACCACUUCAAGCAUUUCCAGUCAACAAAACAUACUGGUUUCUCAUAUAGCGAGUGACACGCAUAAACAUACAGAUACAUUGAGCCGUGAGAGUAUAAUCUGGAAAUGGCAAGUCCAAGAGUGUUAGGGACUGCUUUCCUGGUCUUGCUUAUUGUAGACCUCACCCUUGCUGCUAGGACACUGCAGGCAAUCAGUGGAGGUGGAGGUGGAGGGCAGGGAGGAGGUGGAGGUGGUGGUUCUGGAUCAGGACUUGGGUCAGGUUAUGGUUCUGGGUCUGGAUCCGGGAGCGGUGAAGGAUAUGGUGCUGGUGGUCGUGGAGGAGGUGGAGGUGGAGGCAGUGGCGGAGGUGGAGGCGGUGGCAGUGGUGGAGGCAAUGGAUCAGGUUCUGGCUAUGGGUCUGGUAGCGGCUCAGGCUAUGGUUCUGGUAGUGGGAUAGGUGGUGGUGAAGGUGGUGGCGGCGGCGGCGGCAGUGGAGGUGGUGGCGGCGGCGGUCAGGGCUCUGGAUCUGGAAGUGGGUCAGGCUAUGGAAGUGGAAGUGGAAGUGGCGGUGGCAAGGGUGGGAAAGGAAGUGGAGGAGGAGGAGGAGUCAUUUUCGGUAUUGAAAACUACUUACCUCUCUCAACCAAAAUGUCACGCAGAGAUUUUGAUCCCUCACCAAUGGCGGCCACAAGGCCUUUAGAAGCCGCAAAGUGA